AUGGUAUACUCUGCAGAGCAACAGUUGUGUGAUCCAGGGGAAUAUCUUUGCAAUGAUAAUGUCACAUGCGUAUCACAGAGCUGGCUGUGUGAUGGGGAGCCAGACUGUCCUGACAACUCCGAUGAGUCUGUAGACACUUGUCAUGAAAAAAUUGUAUUCAAAUGUCCCAGGAAUCACAUGGCCUGCAUAGGAACAAAAACUUGCAUCCAUUAUAGCAAACUUUGCAAUGGAGUCUAUGACUGCCCAGGUGGCUAUGAUGAAGGCGCACAUUGUCGGGAGCUGCAAACAACAUGCCAGAAAAUAAAUUGCCAGUAUAACUGUGCGAUAACAAGAAAUGGUACUGAGUGCUACUGCAGAGAUGGCUAUGAAAUAGGACCAGAUGGAAGGACCUGCAAAGAUAUCGAUGAGUGUGCAGCCUAUGGAUCCUGCAGUCAGACUUGCAGAAAUACACUUGGAUCUUACACGUGCAGCUGUAUUGAAGGUUACUUAAUUCAAUCUGACAAUAAGUCCUGCAAGGCAAAAAAUGAACCUGCUGACAGACCUCCGGUUCUUUUGAUUGCAAACUCUGAAACAAUUGAAGUGCUGGAUAUAAAUGGGGGUAAAGCACCCACCAGGAGCUCAAUGAAUGCAAAUGGAAUUCACACACUGGGUUUUAUUUAUGAUGAAAAUAAAGUCUGCUGGAUUGAAACCAAAAAGACUUCAAAUCAACUGAAAUGCUACAAAAUAACGAAAACAGGGACAUUUACAGAUGAGCAGAUAAUACAGAUUGCUCAGUACCUAAACAAUGUGCACCAAAUGGCAGUAGACUGGCUCACAGGAAAUUACUACUUUGUGGAUGAUGGAAAUGAUAGAAUUUUUGUAUGCAAUCACAAUGGAACCAUUUGCAUUACACUAAUUGAUCAGGAUCUCCAUAACCCGAAAGCCAUUGCAGUUGAUGCUACAGCUGGGAAACUCUUCUUCACGGACUAUGGGAAUCUUGCAAAAGUUGAAAGGUGUGACUUGGAUGGAAUGAACAGGACAAGGAUAGUUGUUUCGAAACUGGAGCAGCCAACAGCCCUGACUCUGGAUCUUGUUAAUAAAUUUGUUUACUGGGCAGAUGUCUACCUGGACUAUAUUGAAGUGGUUGACUAUGAAGGGCGAAACAGACAAUCAAUAAUUCAGGGCAAAGAGGUCAGUCAUGUGUAUGGUUUAUCGUUAUUUGAAAAUUAUUUGUAUGCCAGUAACACAGAUAGCUCCACCAUCUUAACAAUAAACCGGUUUAAUAGCACAGAUGUCCACUCACUGCUGAGUCUAGAAAAUGCCUGUGACAUUCACAUUUAUCACAAAAGAACACAGCCAGCAGUCAGGCGCUAUGCAUGUGAAAUAAACCCAGAUGGAAUGCCUGGGGGAUGCGAACACAUCUGCCUGCUCGGCUCCAGUUAUAAAAUGAGAACUUGUCGCUGCAAGACUGGCUUCAGCUUGGCAAGUGAUGGAAGGUCAUGUAAAAAGCCUAAGAAUGAGUUGUUCCUGUUUUAUGGGAAAGGAAGGCCAGGAAUUAUUCGAGCAAUGGAUCUAAAUACCAAAGUUUCUGAUGAAUACAUGCUUCCCAUUGAAAAUUUAGUUAACCCCAGAGCUCUAGACUACCAUGCAGAGACCAACUAUAUUUACUUUGCUGACACUACCAGCUUUCUUAUUGGGCGGCAAAAAAUGGAUGGAUUGGGAAGAGAAACAAUUCUCAAAGAUGACCUUGACAAUGUCGAAGGAAUUGCUGUGGACUGGAUAAGUAACAAUUUGUAUUGGACAAAUGAUGGGCACAGAAAAACCAUUAAUGUAGCUCGUCUGGAGAAAGCAUCUCAAAGCCGAAAGACCUUAUUAGAGGGAGAAAUGUCACAUCCCAGAGGAAUCGUUGUGGAUCCUGUUAAUGGUUGGAUGUACUGGACAGAUUGGGAAGAAGAUGAAAUAGAUGACAGCAUGGGAAGAAUUGAGAAAGCAUGGAUGGAUGGUUCUAACAGACAGAUCUUUGUGACAUCAAAUAUGUUAUGGCCGAAUGGAUUAUCGCUAGACCAUGAAAACAGCAUUUUGUACUGGUGUGAUGCUUUCUAUGACCACAUUGAACAGAUAUAUUUAAAUGGAACUCUCAGAAAGGUAGUCGGUUUUGGAAGAGAGUUAAAUCAUCCUUUUGGACUCUCUCAUCACGGGCACUAUGUUUUUUGGACAGACUAUAUGAAUGGGUCUAUAUUUCAGCUGGACCUCAGAAAUAAAAACAUUACACUACUGAGGCAGGAAAGGCCACCUUUGUUUGGGCUUCAAAUCUAUGACCCCAGAAAGCAGCAAGGUGACAAUGCUUGUCGGUUAAACAACGGGGGUUGCGGCAUGCUGUGUUUGGCUAUACCUGGAGGCAGGGUUUGUGGCUGUGCGGAUAACCAACAUUUGGAUGAAAAUAAUUCAACUUGUGUGUUUAAUUUUGAAGAAAAGUUACCCCAGCUGUGUAACACAGAGGAGUUUCAAUGUAAAAACCACCGCUGUAUCCAAGAGAGCUGGAAAUGUGAUGGAGAAGAUGACUGCUUAGAUGGUAGUGAUGAAGAUUUUGAAAACUGCUUGAAUCGUAGCUGUCCAAAUAAUCAGUUUAAAUGUCGAAGUAACCGUUGUAUUCCCAAGAGAUGGCUUUGUGAUGGAGCCAAUGAUUGUGGAAAUAAUGAAGAUGAAUCAAACGAGACCUGUUUAGAACCUCAGACAUGUGAAUCUGAUACUCAAUUUGUGUGUGGAAAUGGCCGAUGCAUUAGCAACAAGUGGCACUGUGAUUCAGAUGAUGACUGUGGUGAUGGCAGUGAUGAGAGUGGCUGUUUUAUCUCAUGCACUUAUAAGCAGUUUGGAUGCUUAAGUGGAAGAUGUAUUCCUGCAGAAUGGGUUUGUGAUGGUGACAAUGACUGUGGAGACUUUAGUGAUGAGACUCAUGUUAACUGUUCCAGAACAGCUUCUGCUGUCUCUAGGGCUUGUGAAGCUAAACAAUUCCAGUGCCAUCCUGAUGGGAAUUGUAUCCCAGAAUUAUGGCUUUGUGAUGGAGAAAAGGAUUGUGAAGAUGGUAGCGAUGAGAGAGGUUGCAAUGGAACACUCCGUCAAUGUGAUGCUAAAACAAAGUUUGCAUGCAAAAACACAGGCAGAUGCAUUAGUAAUGCAUGGGUGUGUGAUGGAGAUAUUGAUUGUGAGGACCAUUCAGAUGAGGAUUAUUGCGAAGGUUAUAUUUGUGGACCACCCAAAUACCCUUGUGCUAAUGAUACCUCCAUCUGCCUGCAGCCCGAGAAGCUUUGCAAUGGGAGAAAAGAUUGUCCUGAUGGAUCAGAUGAAGGCGAUAUUUGUGAUGAGUGUUCACUGAACAAUGGUGGUUGCAGUCAUCAAUGCAUUAUAGCUCCUGGAAGGGGUAUUGUUUGUUCCUGCCCACAAGGAAUGCUCUUGAGUACGGACAACAAAACAUGUCACCAAAUUGAUUAUUGCACAAAACAUCAAAAAUGCAGUCAAGUUUGUGAGCAGCACAAACAAAUUGUUAAAUGUUCGUGUUAUGAGGGAUGGGUGUUAAAUCCAGAUGGAGAAACAUGUAGCAGUGUUGAUACUUUUGAAGCCUUCAUAAUAUUUUCGAUUCGACAUGAGAUCAGACGUAUUGACCUCCAUAGGAGAGACUACAGCCUUCUGGUGCCUGGCUUACGAAAUACCAUUGCAUUGGAUUUUCAUUUUAAUCAAAGUCUACUGUACUGGACAGAUGUUGUAGAAGAUAAAAUAUACAGAGGCAAACUAUCGGAGAAUUCUGGCGUAAGUGGAAUUGAGGUUGUUAUCCAACAUGGCCUUGCCACUCCUGAAGGCUUAGCUAUAGACUGGAUAGCAGGAAAUAUUUAUUGGAUAGACAGCAAUCUGGACCAAAUAGAAGUUGCUAAAUUAGAUGGCAAAAUGAGAUCAACACUUAUUGCAGGUGGCAUGGAACAUCCUCGAGCUAUUGCUUUGGAUCCCCGAUAUGGAAUCCUUUUUUGGACUGACUGGGAUGCUACAUUUCCAAGGAUUGAAUCAGGAUCCAUGAGUGGUGCUGGUAGAAAGAUAAUUUACAAAGACAUGGAAAGCGGAGCUUGGCCUAAUGGCCUCACUAUUGACCACUUUGAAAGAAGAAUUGUGUGGACUGAUGCCAGGUCUGAUGCUAUUUAUUCUGCACUUUAUGAUGGAACUGCUAUGAAGGAAAUAAUCCGUGGACAUGAGUACUUAUCUCAUCCUUUUGCUGUUUCUCUAUAUGGGAGUGACGUCUACUGGACAGACUGGAGAACAAAUACUCUUUCAAAAGCCAAUAAAUGGACUGGGCAUAAUGUUAGUGUUAUUCAAAAAACAAGUGCCCAGCCUUUUGAUAUUGAAAUUUAUCAUCCAAGUCGUCAGCCUCAAGCUCCUAAUCCUUGUGCUAGUGAGAAUGGUAAAGGACCAUGCUCUCAUCUAUGUUUGAUCAGUUUCAACAGGACUGCAGCCUGUGCAUGUCCCCAUCUAAUGAAAUUAUCGCCUGAUAAGAAGACAUGCUAUGAGAUGAAGAAAUUCCUUGUAUAUGCAAGAAGGUCAGAGAUCAGAGGCGUUGACAUUGAGAAUCCCUAUUUCAACUUCAUCACAGCUUUCACUGUUCCUGAUAUUGAUGAUGUUACAGUCAUAGACUUUGAUGCUGCAGAGGAGCGAUUAUACUGGACUGAUGUUAAGACUCAGACAAUUAAACGUGCUUUUAUAAAUGGAACAUCCAUUGAGACGGUCAUUUCAGGAGAUAUUCAUAGUAUACGAGGCCUUGCAGUAGACUGGUUAUCUCGUAAUUUGUAUUGGAUUAGCUCAGAAUAUGAUGAAACACAAAUAAAUGUCGCCAGAAUGGAUGGUUCACUCAAAACUUCAGUCAUACAUGGGAUUGAUAAAGCACAAAGUCUCGCAGUUCAUCCAAUCAGGGGGAAAAUAUUCUGGAUGGAUGGAAAUAGCAUAAAUGUGGCAAAUAUGGAUGGCAGCAACAGCAAGAUUCUUUUUCAGAAUCAAAAGGAACCAAUUGGUCUAUCUAUAGAUUAUGGAGACAACAAACUUUACUGGAUUAGCUCAGGAAAUUCGACUAUAAAUAGGUGUAAUCUGGAUGGCAGUAAUUUAGAUGUCAUAGAGUCAAUGAAAUCACAAUUAAGUAAACCUACAGCCUUAACCAUUGUGGAUAACAGACUAUGGUGGGCAGAUCAAAACCUUGGACAAAUUGGAACAUGCAAUAAAAAGGAUGGAAGAAAUCCUUCCGUUAUGAGAAAUAAGACAUUAGGAGUUAUGCACAUGAAACUCUAUGAUAAGGAGGCUCAGCAAGGUAGUAAUGCCUGCCAGAUAAACAAUGGUGGAUGCUCACAAUUAUGUCUGCCAACUUCUGAAACAACAAGAACCUGCAUGUGUACCGUUGGUUAUAACCUAAAAAAAAAUCGGAUGUCAUGUCAAGGUAUAGAGUCAUUCCUAAUGUAUUCAGUGCAUGAAGGCAUUCGAGGAAUACCUCUUGACCCAAGUGAUAGAAUGGAUGCACUCAUGCCCAUCUCAGGAACAUCAUUCGCUGUUGGAAUUGAUUUCCAUGCAGGAAAUGACUCAAUUUAUUGGACUGAUAUGGGUUUGAACAGAAUCAGCCGCACCAGAAGGGACCAGACUUGGAAAGAAGAUAUAAUGACUAAUGGCUUGGGAAGAGUGGAAGGAAUAGCUAUAGACUGGAUUGCUGGAAACAUAUAUUGGGCUGAUCAUGGUUUUAAUGUAAUUGAAGUUGCAAGACUUAAUGGUUCAUUCAGAUUUGUGGUGGUCUCAAGAGGUAUUGACCAGCCCAGAGCUAUUGCAGUACAUCCAGAGAAAGGUUAUCUCUUCUGGACAGAGUGGGGUCAGACUCCAUGCAUAAGCAGAGCACGAUUAGAUGGUUCAGAACGCACUGUAUUAGUGAACACAGCAAUUUCAUGGCCAAAUGGAAUCUCUGUGGAUUACGAGGAAAAUAAAUUAUACUGGUGUGAUGCGCGCACAGACAAGAUAGAAAGGAUCGACCUUGAGAGUGGACGGAAUCGGGAGAUUGUGCUGUCAGGGAGCAAUGUGGAUAUGUUUUCUGUUGUAGUCUUCGGGGCUUACAUCUACUGGUCUGACAGAGCACACUCCAAUGGCUCCAUUAGAAGGGCCCACAAAAAUGAUGCCACUGAUGCAGUGACGAUGAGAACCAGCCUUGGUAUCAACCUCAAAGACGUGAAAGUGUUUAACAGAGCCAGAGAAAAAGGUACCAACAUUUGUGCCAAGAACAAUGGAGGAUGUCAACAGCUCUGUUUAUACCGAGGGAAUAUGCAAAGGACGUGUGCCUGUGCUCAUGGAUAUCUUGCAAAAAAUGGGGUUACUUGUUUAAAACACGAGGGCUACUUAUUAUAUUCAGGGAGAACAAUAUUAAAGAGUAUUCAUUUAUCGGAUGAAACAAAUCUCAAUUCACCAAUACAGCCUUAUGAAAAUCCAGAUUUUUUUAAAAAUGUAAUAUCCUUGGCAUUUGACUAUAACUCCAACGAAAAAGGACCUAGCCGGAUAUUCUUCAGUGACACCCACUUUGGAAAUAUACAGUUAAUCAAUGAUGAUUGGACAGGAAGGAAAAUAAUCAUUGAAAAUGUAGGCUCUGUGGAAGGUCUGGCUUAUCACAGAGCUUGGGAUACACUUUACUGGACAAGUUCUACCACAUCAUCUAUCACCCGGCAUACAGUAGACCAAAGCAGGAGAGGGGCAUUCAACAAGGAAGCUGUUAUCACCAUGUCUGAAGAUGACCACCCUCAUGUUCUUGCACUUGAUGAGUGCCAAAAUUUAAUGUUUUGGACUAACUGGAAUGAACAGCAUCCGAGCAUCAUGAGAUCCACACUUUCAGGACAAAAUGCACAAGUCAUUGUCAGCACGGACAUUGUGACUCCAAAUGGUCUCACUAUUGACCACCCAGCAGAGAAGCUCUACUACUCAGAUGGCAGCCUGGGAAAGAUAGAGAGGUGUGAAUAUGAUGGAUCACACAGACAUGUAAUUGUCAGAUCUGGACCGGGUACUUUUUUCAGUCUGGCCAUUCACAAUGACUAUAUCUUUUGGUCUGACUGGGUGAGACGGGCUAUAGUUCGCUCUAACAAAUACACAGGAGGAGAAACCAAAGUUCUUCGGUCUGACAUACCACAUCAACCAAUGGGAAUAAUUGCAGUAACCAACGACACCAACACAUGUAAAUUGUCACUAUGUUCUUACCUGAACGGGGGAUGUCAGGACCUUUGCCUUAUUACUCCUGAUAGUCGUGUUAAUUGUUCAUGUCGAGGAGAUCGAGUACUAGUAGAUGACAACAGAUGUGUGAGUAAAAAUUCCUCCUGUAAUAUAUUCUCUGAGUUUGAAUGUGCAAAUGGGGAAUGUAUUGAGUACCAACAAACCUGUGAUGGUAUUGUUCAUUGCAAAGACAGAUCAGAUGAAAAGCAGUCAUAUUGUGAAAACCGAAGCUGUUGGAGAGGAUUCAGACUCUGCAGUAAUCACCGUUGCAUUCCCAACAAUAAAGUCUGUAAUGAUGAAGAUGAUUGUGGUGACAACUCAGAUGAACUAGACUGCAAGAUUUCAACGUGUCCGUCUACAGAAUUUCGUUGCACAGAUGGGACCUGCAUUACUAAAUCAGCACAGUGCAACCAAAUGAUUGAUUGUGCGGAUGCUUCCGAUGAAAAGAACUGCAACAAUACUGAUUGUACUCAUUACUACAAACUUGGCAUCAAAACAACUGGAUUUAUAAGAUGCAAUUCCACUUCACUAUGCAUUUUGCCAGAAUGGAUAUGUGAUGGUGCAAAUGACUGUGGGGAUUAUUCAGAUGAAUUGAAAUGUCCAGCUCAAAACAAACAGAAAUGUGAAGAAAACUAUUUUGAAUGCCAAAGUGGAAGAUGUAUUUCCAAUACUUGGGUUUGUGAUGGACAGAGAGACUGUGAAGAUGGAAGAGAUGAGUUAAAUUGUGAUACUUCCUGCUCAUGGAGUCAAUUUGCCUGUUCGAAAAACAAGUGUAUAUCAAAACAGUGGAUAUGUGAUGGAGAGGAUGACUGCGGCAAUGGAUUUGAUGAAAGUGAAGAAUUAUGUGGUUCUGUUACCUGUGCAGCUGACUUUUUUAGCUGCCCUGGUUCUCAUGCGUGUGUUCCCUCUCACUGGCUUUGUGAUGGAGAAAGAGACUGCCCAAAUGGAAGUGAUGAACUUUCAACAGCUGGUUGUGUUCCUGUAACAACUUGUGAUGAAAAUGCCUUUAUGUGCAACAACAAGGUCUGCAUUCCAAAGCAGUUUAUGUGUGAUCUUGAUGAUGAUUGCGGUGAUGGCUCUGAUGAAUAUUUAGAAUGCGGGUACCGCCAGUGUGGCCCAGAGGAAUUUAGCUGUGCAGAUGGGAGAUGCUUGUUGAAUUUUCAUUGGCAAUGUGAUGGAGACUUUGACUGUAUGGAUCACUCAGAUGAAGCUCCAUUAAACAAAAAUUGUCGGAGUGCAGAACAGUCAUGCAACAGUUCAUCUUUUAUGUGCAAAAAUGGCAAAUGUGUUCCCAAGGGAGCACUGUGUGACACAAGAGAUGACUGUGGAGAUGGAUCUGAUGAGAGAGGAUGCCACAUAAAUGAAUGCUUAAGUAAAAGAGUCAGUGGUUGUUCCCAAGACUGUCAAGAUCUCCCAGUUGGAUACAAGUGCAAGUGUUGGCCUGGAUUUCAUUUGAAAAAUGAUGGGAAAACAUGUGUAGACAUUGAUGAAUGUCUAUCUGGCUUCCCCUGUAGCCAGCAAUGCAUCAAUACCUAUGGAACCUACAAGUGCAUCUGUGCAGAUGGAUACCAAAUUCACCCUGAAUAUCCAAAUGGCUGCAAAUCUCUUUCAGAGGAAGACCCUUUUUUGCUUCUUGCUGAUCACCAUGAAAUCAGAAAAAUGAGCACAGAUGGAGUCAACUAUACAAUGCUAAAACAGGGACUGAACAAUGUAAUAGCUAUGGACUAUGAUUACAGAGAAGAGGUAAUUUAUUGGAUUGAUUCUAGCAGAUCAAAUGGCAGCCGUGUAAACAGAAUGUUUGUGAAUGGAAGUGAUGUAAAGGUAGUACAUAACACUGCUAUCCCAAAUGCAUUAGCUGUUGACUGGAUCGGUAAAAACCUUUAUUGGUUUGAUACAGAGAAAAGGGUUAUUGAAGUCUCAAAACUGAAUGGCUUGUAUCCUACUAUUCUCGUCAGAAAAAAGAUCAAGUUUCCAAGAAAUCUGUCAUUGGAUCCACAAACAGGGUAUUUGUAUUGGAUUGACUGUUGUGAAUAUCCCCAUGUUGGACGAGUAGGUAUGGAUGGCAGCAAUCAAAGUGUUGUCAUAGAAACAAUGAUUUCCAGGCCAAUGGCUCUAACAAUAGACUAUGUCAACAAAAGAAUCUAUUGGGCCAAUGAAAACCAUAUUGAAUUUUCAGACAUGAAUGGCUUUAACAGGCACAAAGUCCCUAAUCAAGAUGUUCAAGGGGUGAUUGCACUAACAUUGUUUGAAGACUACAUCUACUGGACAGAUGGAAAAACCAAGUCACUUAACCGUGCCCAUAAAACAUCUGGAGAGAACAAGGCAUCAUUGAUUAACUCUUGGCAUGCUAUAUUGGACAUUGAAAUUUAUCAUGCAUACAGACAACCUGAUGUGCCUGACCACCCCUGUAAAAUUAACAAUGGGGAGUGCAGUCAUUUAUGCCUAUUGUCUCCUCAAAAAUCACACACGUGUGCCUGCCCCACUAAUUUCUAUCUUGCGGACGAUAAGAAGACUUGCUUAUCAAACUGCACCGCUAGUCAGUUUCGCUGCAAUACAGAUAAAUGUAUUCCCUUUUGGUGGAAAUGUGACACGGUUGAUGACUGUGGAGAUGGAUCUGAUGAACCUGUUGAGUGCCCGGAAUUUAAAUGCCAGCCAGGGCGAUUUCAGUGUGGAAGUGGACUUUGUGCUCUCCCAGCCUUUAUUUGUGAUGGAGAGAAUGACUGUGGAGACAAUUCUGAUGAACUCAACUGUGACACAUAUGUCUGCCUGUCGGGUCAAUUCAAAUGUACCAAGAAGCAAAAAUGCAUCCCGAUAAAUCUUCGCUGCAAUGGCCAAAAUGACUGUGGAGAUGAAGAAGAUGAGAUUGAUUGCCCUGAAAAUAGCUGCUCUCCUGAUCAUUUCCAAUGUAAAACUACAAAGCACUGUAUAUCUAAGCUUUGGGUGUGUGAUAAGGAUGCCGACUGUGCAGAUGGAUCUGACGAGGCAAACUGCGACAAAAAGGCAUGUGGACUCCAUGAGUUCCAGUGUAAAAACAAAAACUGUAUUCCAGAUCAUUGGAGAUGUGAUGGACAGAAUGAUUGUGGUGAUAAUUCAGAUGAGGAAAGUUGCAAACCACAGACAUGUUCAUUAAAAGAGUUUCUUUGUUCUAAUGGAGACUGUAUUUCAUCAAGAUUUUGGUGUGAUGGAGAAUAUGACUGUGAAGAUGGAAGCGAUGAGAGAAACUGCAAGACUGGUUGCUCAAAGGACCAAUUCCAGUGCUUUACUGGACAGUGCAUAUCAUCUAAGUGGAAAUGUGAUGGGCAUGAAGACUGUAAAUCAGGAGAAGAUGAAAAAAAUUGUGAACCAGUAUCACCAACAUGUUCUUCAAGUGAAUAUGUGUGUGACAGUGGAGGAUGUGUUUCGGCAUAUUUGAGAUGUAAUGGAGAGUACGAUUGCGCUGAUGGCUCAGAUGAGAACGACUGUGUGGCUGAAUGCAAAGAAAACCAGUUUCGAUGCAGAAACAGAGCCUAUUGCAUCCCAUUGCGGUGGUUUUGUGAUGGAAUUUUAGACUGCGUGGAUGGCAGUGAUGAAGAUAAUUGUGACAGAGCAAAUAUAUGCAGAGCUGACGAGUUCCUGUGCAAUAAUACUCUCUGCAAACUACAAUUAUGGUUAUGUGAUGGGGAAGAUGAUUGCGGAGACAACUCCGAUGAAGUGCCUGAAAUGUGUGUAAAGUUUCUGUGUCCGCCAACAAGGCCUUUCAGAUGCCAUAACAACCGAGUGUGCCUAAGAACAGAACAGAUUUGCAAUGGAUUGGAUGAGUGUGGUGAUAGCUCAGAUGAAGCUUUCUGUGCAGCAAGACAAAAAGUGAAACCAUGCAAAAAUGAUGAGUUCACCUGCAAUAAUAAAAAAUGCAUCUCAGUGGAUCUACAGUGCGAUAAAUAUGAUGAUUGUGGGGAUGAAAGUGAUGAGCAGGGCUGUAAAAUGGAACUAAGUGAAUUCUCUUGUGAAAAUGAUGUAAAUCCUUGUGGAGAUGAUGCCUACUGCAAUCAGACAAAUACACCUGCUGUUUGUCAGUGCAAGGCUGGCUUCCAGAGAAACUUGAAAAACAGACAGUGUGAAGACAUCAAUGAGUGCUUACUCCUGGGUAGCUGUUCCCAUCACUGUACAAACUUGAAAGGGUCCUACAGAUGUAUGUGUGACAGACAUUUCCUGGAAAGAAAUCACAGUUGUAUAGCACAAGACACAGAAGAUCAAGUUCUCUAUGUUGCCAAUGAUACAGAGGUCCUUGCCUUUGCAUAUCCUUUUAGUAACAAUGCAAAGCAUCAGCAGAUUUCUCGCAUUGCCUACAAUUCCAGGAUAACAGGAAUGGACAUGUAUCUACAAGGAAAUAUGAUUAUCUGGAGCACACAGUUUAAUCCAGGGGGUAUUUUCUUCAAUACAUUUCAUGGGAGAGGAGGAAAAGAAACCAAAAGUGGUUUGAUUUGCCCAGAAUUCAAAAGACCAAGAGAUAUUGCAGUUGACUGGAUUGCAGGGAAUAUCUACUGGACAGACCAUUCACGCAUGCAUUGGUUCAGUUAUUACACUUCUCACUGGACCAGUCUGAGAUACUCUAUCAAUGUAGGGCAAAUACAUGGUCCUAAUUGUACACGACUCCUAACGCAUAUUGCUGGAGAACCUUAUGCUAUUGCUGUCAACCCAAAAAAAGGAAUGAUGUACUGGACAGUCAUUGCUGAUCGGUCACACAUAGAGGAGGCAGCAAUGGAUGGCACUCAAAGAAGAAUAAUAGUGCAGAAAAAUUUACAAAGACCAACAGGCCUUGUAGUUGAUCACUACAGCCAGCGCUUGUACUGGGCUGAUUUUGAGAUGUCGGUCAUUGGAACUGUGAAAAUGGAUGGUUCCGAUUUAAUCAUUGCUGUUAGUAGCAAACAAGGCCUACUUUACCCUCACAGAAUUGAUAUCUUUGAGGAUUAUAUUUAUGGAGCAGGUCUAAAAAACGGUGCAUUUAGAAUACAAAAAUUUGGCAGUGGUGUUAUGGAAUACCUUAACCUUAAUGUUGAGAAAACAAAAAGCGUGCUAGUAUCACAUCAUUACAAACAACCAAACUUGCCUAAUCCUUGUCUGGAUUUAAAAUGUGAUUUCAUCUGCUUGCUAAAUCCUUCAGGAGCAUCAUGUGCCUGUUCAGAGGGAAAGAUUCCAGUUAAUGGAACCUGUAUGGACCAUAGUACUGCAGAUGACUUAUGUAAACUGACUUGUGAGAAUAGAGGGAGAUGCAUUAUAAAUGAAAAAGGUGAUCCAAGGUGCCAUUGCUGGCCAAGUUUUUCUGGGGAAAGAUGUGAAAUCAACCACUGUAAUAAUUACUGCCUGAACGGAGGGACGUGCACAGCAUCUGCACUCGGAAGACCAACAUGCACUUGUGCAGCUGGGUUUACAGGACCCAACUGUGGACGAAAAGUCUGUGAACAGUUCUGUCAGAAUGGUGGUACAUGCAGUGUGUCUGCUGGCAAUCAACCUUACUGUCAAUGCCUUAAUGAAUAUACAGGAGAUCGAUGCCAAUUUCAUGUGUGCCAUCAUUAUUGUGUAAACUCUGAGUCUUGCACCAUUGCUGAUGAUGGAAGCGUUGAAUGUGUGUGCCCCAUAAGGUAUGAAGGAACAAAAUGUGAAGUGGACAAAUGUCUGAGAUGCCAUGGAGGUCUCUGCAUUAUCAACAAGAACAGUUAUGAUGUAAUUUGCAAUUGCAGCAAUGGAAAAAUUGCCUCUAGCUGUCAACUGUGUGACGGUUACUGCUAUAAUGGUGGGACUUGUCAGCUGGACCCAGAGACCAACAUACCUGCCUGCAUAUGUUCAGCCAACUGGUCAGGAAAGCAGUGUGAGAGGUCAGCUCCCAAAAGCAGCAAGUCUGACAAUGCUAGUACAAGAAGUAUUGCCAUUGUUGUGCCACUGGUUUUAUUGGUGACCCUCAUCACUACUUUAGUAAUUGGACUUCUACUUUGUAAACGAAGAAGAAGGGCAAAAACAAUUCGAAGGCAGCCCAUAAGUAAUGGAGGAAUGAAUGUGGAAAUUGGGAAUCCAUCUUAUAAUAUGUAUGAAGUUGACCAUGGUCACAAUGAUGGAAGUUUGCUAGAUCCAAACUUUAUUAUAGAAUUAGAUAAGUCCAGGUUCAUAGGGGGUGGGCCUACAGCUUACAAAAUUUCCCACAAAGCACCGCCUAUCUACUUAAAUUCUGAUUUGAAAGGACCACUAAAUCCAGGGCCUAAUAAUUACUCCAAUCCAGUUUAUGCAAAAUUAUUUGUAGAUGGACACAAUUGUCGGAACUCUUUAAUCAGCAUUGAAGAAAGAAAAGAACUUCUUCCAAAGAAAAUAGAUAAUGUGAUACGGGAGACUGUGGCUUGAUCCCUUCUGUUCCAGUAUCUUUUUUACUCUGUAUAAAUGUAUAAAAUAUGAUUACUUUUCUAUGUACCAACGGUAUUACAAUUGUUUUGUCAUCAGCAUUACCUCUUUUUCCUCUUUUUGUUCUGCUGAUGACUUUAGACUCACCAUUUGUAUGGUAUUUUUAUGGAAAAAAACUGCACUACAGAACAAUUUCAAAUACAAUGCUGCUGUUAUGAGACACCCUUUUAUUUGUUAAAAUGGAGCAACACUAUUUCUUUGUGGUGUCAAAUGAAAAAUCCAUUUUAUAUGAACUUUUUUAGGUUCAAUAUUGUCUUUGCAUUAAAUAAUUGGUUGAGUAUUAUGAUGCAUUCAAAACAUUUGAAGUGCUAAUGAAUGCUUAUUUUAUUUUGUCCAGCUAAUAACAAUAAACAUGCAGUACAAUACUAGAGAUUUAUUCUCAAUGGAUACACGUUUGCAAUUAAAGUCUUUUUUGAUUCUGGGAAUAAGUUGGAGACAAUUGUGCUUUAGAUGACUGUAAGUUAUAUCAGAUACUCAAAAUUUACAGGAAGCUCACCUGUGGGAUUUUACAAUACAUGCAUUUUCUUCAAUAGAUUUUGAAGUAACACAAAAUAAUUCUGACAGCUGUACCACAGAAUUCUACUUUGUAUUGUUUGUAUCAGAGCUCUUAAAACUGAUAAGAACAUUAUUAUUUUUUUCUUCUUCAAUACAUUGUAUUUAUUACCAUAUAUUCAAAUAGAAAAGCAAACUUUCCACUUUCUUGAUUUGGUUUUCACACAAACUCAAUCUAUUAGAGUGUACAAAAGGUAAAAAUAUAAAAUUGGCUAAAUUUCAUAAAACAAUUCUUCCAUUUUUAAAUCUUAAGUAGCUUUGUUGGCAUUUUUCUUCCAGUAGAAAGGUACCGUAAUCACAAUAUUUAGGUAAUUGUAUUAUCUAUCAACUUUCUAAAAUUAAUACAAUUACAAAUAAAAAUACAUUUAUAUCUGGCAAAUAGUUUAGGUUUCACUGAUUUUGAUAAUAACUGCUAUGUUUUCAUUGAUCUGCCCAUUAGUUCCUUUCAAUAUAUAACCAUUAACCUGCUCAUUGUUGGUUAUUAUGGCAUCAUCAGUGAACUCUGCAAUGUGGGGAAAAGCAUGAAACAUGUGACCCUUUAAUUGUAUGAUAGGAUGGAUCUGCUGUGUUCCUUUUGAUUUGAAAAUAUCUUAAAAGGUAUAAUGUAAGUCUAGGUGUGUUCGCUAUUCAUUUCUGUUUGAUAUUUUGUGGAUGUUAUACAAUACUUUGGACUACUUUGGAUUAUAAUGUGGUCCUCUUGGCUAACUACAGAUUGCAUAAAGAGCAUUGUUUGAUUGUUUCAUUUUGAGUGAUAUCAAAGAAAAAUCUGAUUGGUGGAAUUGUUCAUCACUGAUACUUUAGUUAAACAAACGUUUGCAGUUCCUGAUAUCUGCAAACCAAUGUUAAUUUUUUUUUACUUCAACCCACAGUACAAUACAAGUUCGUCUAGAAAUGGAAAUAUAAACCUUUCUGAACCCUAAGUAGAAAAAGUUCUAAUGGACAUUUUGAAAACAAAUUCUUUGGAAUCUCCAUUAUUCCCACGUACAAAUCAUAAUAUCCUUAAAUUUAUGAUGGAAUGUUUCUUCCCUUGGGUGAACUUUGAUUUUCUAAGAAAAUCUGGAAUGGAACUACCAAUAUCUUUUAUCACAUGGUCUGAAUGGAUGUCUCUUAACAUUAUGUGCUGAUGUCUUCAUGGGACAAAGUCACACAGCUUGAUCUUUAUGCAAUGCAUUAUAUGUGAAUUAUGAGAAUGUAUAAAAAGUAAAGGCUCUUUUUUCAAUGUUAACACUUGGAAAAUUCAACAACAAAAAACAUCUUGUAUGGCACAAGAACAUAAUGUAGCUCAAGAUCUUCUGUUUUUUUGGACCCAGUUUUAAUUUUGGUCAUUACAAAAUAAGUCACUAUAAUGUGUAUUUGCGCUCUUUCCUUUUGUACAAGCAUUAAGAACAUGAAAAUGCUGUUUUAUAAGGUUUUGUUGUACUAUGUGCAUGCAUACUACCUAUUUCUAAAUUUUGCUAUGUUGAGGCCUUUAUAAAUAAUUGAUUUAUGUAAUAAGUGUACAGUUCUACCUGUUCAAUAUAAUACAUAUCAUAAAUCCAUUUUUCAGGUUUGUGUUACAAAAAACUUAACAUUAUUAGUAUUUUCAUUUGUUAUGGCAGUUAUUUUACAAAUAUUUCUAUAAUGAAGUGUUAUUUUCUAAACUAAAAUGGUGGACUGAAGAAUUUAAUUGAACAAUGCAUAUAUAGUGAAAUGUAUCAGGCUGGUGUAAAACAAGAAACAGUCAACUAACAGAAACACAUUCUGUCCCAGAAAAUAAUGACAAUCAAAUAUAUUGUUGUUUUAUGCAAAUCAAACACCAAGAAAACACUUUUAAGAAUUUAUGUGUCGCAGUAUUUCGGAUUUUCAAAGGAUGUCCUUGUAUCAUGCUUAUUAAAAGAAACAUCAUAGUUUUUGAUAAACA